CGGUACGCCCACGUAAAAGCUAAGAGCUCACGGGGAAAGGCGUGGCUGGGUGAGCAAGUUUCCAUCAUGUUUGGCUCUCUCAAUGCCUUUCAACACUUUGAAGAUCUCUCACAGGCAGAGCUGAGACCCACCAGUAGACUAUCAACAGGCUUCAGGGGUAACAUGUCAACGCCUUUAGAAUCUUACAUGUAUGCAAGACAGCACCCAGCAACAUGGAAGAGAAGAAACUACACAUCAAAGCUGCCUCUAUCUUCACUUGCAUCUGGACCAGUAGCAGAACUGGGUCAAACUGGUGGCUCCUUCAAUGCUAGUGGAGUGCUACAGGAGGUUCCAUUGUCUUCACUGUAUCAUCCAUCAUCUGGGCUUCAAAGAGGAAAAAGGAACGUCCCCAUUCGUGCUGAGAGAUACUUACCUGCCUCCUAUGAAUAUAGGGUUCCUACCUCAAGCAGAGGAAGAGGAACUGCAGAGGGAGCUGAACCAUGGCAGAUGAGCUCUAGAUUGAGCAAUAGCUUGUAUAGCUUGCAGCAAAGCAGGUCCCGCAUUGCAUCGAGGUCUGCAAGACACCGAGAAGAGCAGAACUUUUUCCUAAACGGCAGCAGUGCCAACUUUCACAAACGAGGAAUGUUCUCACAGGAUAUCAUUGAUAAGCAAUUGAAAUAUUACACUGAUGCUUCAUUUUCUACAUCACCUUCUGCUCCAAUGCAAUCACCUAAAGAAAAUGCCGGUCUUUAUUAUGGGAAAGUCUCUACUUUGUCUCAUCAGAAACCACAAACCAAAGCAUUAAAACAUCUGAGAGAAAUAAUUGAAGUUCAAAAUGCAUGUUGCAUGAGAGAAGAAUUCCCAAUUCACAGCAGUGAAAAACAAAACGAACAAUAUUUAAAUAGAUCUAGUACUGUUUUUAUUACACAAGGUGAUCAACAAUAAUAAUUUUUUGUAUUUCUAAUAAUAAGUUAUUUAUGAGAUUACUGAAAAAAAGACAAAAAGCAGGAAGUGUGUUUGUUCCUUUGGUAGUCUAAAGGCAUUGCUAUUUUUGGCAAAGUAGCCUGCCACGAAUGUUGUUAGCAAUUGCCUACUGUAUGACACUAGGUCGCAUAUUUAAGCCUUCCAUACACCAGGCAACAUGUUACUAUAGCAAGAUUUGUUGUUACUUUGAUUUUUGAGCAACUUGUUGCAAAAAUAGAGCUGAU